AUGUCGUCAAAACUUAUCCCUUCGAAUCCGGAGCAGGUAAUGGUCAUUCGCGAUGUAGUUCCGAAGACAAUCACGACAUUAUCUGUACCAUUUCAGCGCUUCGGAAGAAUAAAGAUUGGCGGGCGCGGCACCAUAGGUAAGAGAUGCGUUGAUUUGUAUCUUUGUGACUUUUCUAAUCAAGACCUAGUCCGUCUGCAAAAUGGCUCCCUUGCUGUUUUCUCGCCCGUUGCCUUGACAGAUGAUGUCAAGCAGAAAGUGGCCGAAAUGGGAGAGGUCAGAUAUAUUACAGCCUUGGAUUUUGAACAUCAUAUAUUUCUCGGUCCCUGGCACGCAGCCUAUCCGAGCGCAAAAGUCAUAGGACCCGAGGGACUACCUGAGAAGCGCAAGUCCCAAAACAACGAGGAUGUCCCCUUCUCAACCGUUUUCACAGCUUCCAACCCGCAUCCGUCCAUCGACCCUGAAUUUGAUGCUGAAUUCGAGUAUGAAUACGUGCCCGCUCAUCAGAACAAGGAGAUUGUUUUCAAUCAUAAACCCACGAGAACGCUCAUCCAGGCCGAUCUCAUGUUUAACCACCCACCCACGGAGCAGUACUCAAAGACAGGCGUGUCUCCUAGUAGCGGAAUCUUGACAAAACUAUUUGGGGCUGUCACCAACACGAACAAUGAUUGGCAGAAGAGACUCAUUUGGUAUGGGAUAAGCUCCGGAGAUAGGGCAGGAUUUGCGCAAUCGGUGUCACGCAUUGAUAAAUGGGGAUUCGACAGGAUGAUUCCAUGCCACGGCGAUGUCGUGGAGACUGAUGCGAAGGGUAUCUUCCAGAAGAUCAUGGAGUGGCAUCUGGAUUUGGCAAAGAAAGGGAAGUAG